AUGUCUUCCAACGCGUGCGGAGGUCACGUCUCCCGGGCAAACAACAGCAAGAAGGGGAUCAGCAGUAAGCAGGACGAUAAGAAGUCAGGCGACGAGGCCAAGAACGAGACUGCGGCCAUUCGCUGCCGUUUCCUCGAACUGCCUGCUGAGAUCCGCAAUCGCAUAUACCACUACGCCGAAGAAGAGUUGCAUGAUGAUUAUGAUAAUUACGUUGAUUUCGCACCACCGCUUCUGAUCAGAAACACCAAGCCUGCAGCUGACAGUACCACUGUGCCGCAUGUAUCGAGCACUCUGCGCUACCGUGCGCUCACCCAGGUCUGUAAGCAGAUCCGGACGGAGUACCGGCCUAUGUGGCUUCGUCAAUCUUGCUUCCGCAUGGAGCUCCCAACAGUCGCUCAGUUCAUCAACACGUACUUCCCCAAGGUCACAGAUCACCAGAAUGGUCCGAAACUCCUGCUGAUCUCGUGGGACCACGGAUCUAUCGGCAAUGAAUCCGACGAAGAUGACGACGAUGACGAAGAAUAUAUGGACGGUGUUCUGACAAACAUCAACCUAUUGAUUCGUCUACGCGCCCGCUACCGAAAUCUCACCAUCCAGUUUAUCUCCCGUCGGGUAUUGGAAGACGAUGUGUCCAACAUGGCGUGCAUCGAAUGUGGCCACAGCAUCCACUGCGGAUGUGACAAUGGUUGCGAUCACGAGGACACCUGGGAUGAAGCAUUGUGGGAAGUGAGGUGGAGCUACCACUAUCUCACGGCAUUGAAUCAUUUCCUCGCCAACACCAAUGAAAACUGGCUGAAGACAGUUUGCGAUACCACCAUUCUACAACCUCGCGUGGACUUCACCUUCGACAUCGGUACCCAGAGUCUCACUAUCUACAUCCGUUUCUCAAAAGGUCAAGCUCCCAGUGGCUUCAAACUGAAGAGCAUGUACAACCCUGCUCUUGACUUCCUCGAUCGCUCGGGUAUGAUAGAUCUCGAGGCUAGCGAGUCGAUCGACUAUGUUAUCGGCGAAGCAACUAGCAAGUAUACCCGCCAUGCUCUCGGUUGUAGUAACUACAUCGUCACCUACAAUCAGAUCCACCUUGACGAUGCCACUAUCGCUGCCUGGAAGAAGAAGAAGGAGGCCAAGGCAUCCGCGUCUUGA